AUGCAUUUUGAAGGUGAUAAGACGUGUCCUCAUUGUGGAGCGAUAUAUAAAACUACAGAAUUUCUUAAUAAUCAUAUAAUUAGCAAGCAUCCUGAGCUAGAAUCAGUUAGGGGUAGGAUUCACAUUUGUACAGAAUGCGCGUUUAAAACUAAUAGCAAACAAGUGUGGAGUCGGCACAUGUACAAGAAUCAUCCUGAAGCGGCUUCGAAAUACAAAAUAGGCAGGGUUUGCGAACUGUGUAAUGCAAAAUACGGUGAUACGCGAAGUCUCAACGAACAUAUAUUGAAGAAACAUCCAGAGCAUACGGCUUCAAUCACUUACAAAAUACACGAAUGUUCGGAAUGUAGUUUCAAAACCACGGUUGAGAGUUAUUUCGAGAAGCAUCUUGUAUCUAUACAUAAUUCUCCUGCAUCCAGCAUUUCGCUUUUUACAUGUACGCAUUGCAGCGCGGGUUUCAAACUAAAACUAACCCUGGAUGAUCAUAUAGUAAGAAAACAUCCAGAAUUUUCUGAAUCAAUUACACGCCAAGUGUAUCAUUGUACACAGUGUACUUAUAAAACAGUUAUAAAAAGGGAACUAGAAAACCAUAUACCGAAAAAACAUUCAAGCAUGAAGGCUAACAAUAAGCGCAGAACAUGUACGAUUUGCAAUGCGACUUUCACACGAACACGAACGCUAGAAGAUCAUAUACUAAGAACACAUCCUGAUAUUAAAUCAUCAAUAAUGACAGAAAUACUUCGCUGUCCAGACUGCGCUUUUGAAACUGUUGUAACGGCCAAACUGAACAGACAUAGAUUGACACAUUCUGAUGACACCGCUACUUUUAAAAAGUGUGAACACUGUCUUGCUACAUUCAAAUCAAAACUGGGACUAGGAAGUCAUAUACUGAAAAGACACCCGGAAUAUAUGAGCUCAGUAUCUGUCAAAGUGUUCAAAUGUUCAGAGUGCCCGUGUAAAACUACCAAGAAACGUGAUUUUGAGAAGCAUAUCAAAGCGGUACAUGGGGCGAGCGAUCAAGUGCCCCAGAAUCAGCCUAGCGUAUCUACUACGAACACGACAGUUACUUGUGCGUAUUGUAAUGAGAGAUAUGAAGACAAAACGUUUUUAGAUGAUCACAUAUUGGAAAAUCAUCCAGAAUAUGCAACGUUAGUCACUAGUAAGAUAUACGAAUGUUCAGAAUGCAAAUACAAAACAACGAAUAACCAGAAUUUCGAUAGGCAUGUAAUGACUAUACAUGGUUUGUCUUCAUCUAGUAUUCCGUUUCUUACGUGUACACAUUGCAAUGCGACUUUUAAACGAAGCUUAACGCUAGAUGAUCACAUAUUAAGUGAACAUCCAGAAUUAGCAGAGUCCGUUACACGGAAAAUAUUUCAAUGUGCACAUUGUACAUAUAAAACUGUCGUAAAAAGGCAACUGGCCGCUCAUAUGCCAAGGAACCAUCCACGUACAAUUCCUUAUACUCAGUGCAGAACGUCUCAACAUUGCAAUACUGCUUUUGAAAAGAGACAAUCUCUGGACGAUCAUAUACUAAGAGACCACCCAGAAUUUAUAUCAUCAGUUAUCACAAAAAUAUAUGAAUGUCCAAAUUGUACGUACAAAACCGUGGCAAGGUUCAAAAUGGACAGACAUAAAUUGACGCAUUCUGAAAAAAUUACAAAUUUAAACGAGUGUACGAAUUGUCAAGCUACGUUUAAAACUAAAAAAGGACUAGAUAAUCAUGUGUUAAAAAAGCAUCCAGAACCGCAGAAAGUAGAUAAAUGUUCAAUUUCGAGAAACAUCUAA